CAUCCAGUCUAGUCUUCUCCUCUUACUGCGAGCCAGUCGUCGAAAUCUGUCGCUCUGAUUUGUUUAAUUCAAUUUGUUUUUUAUAAAAUUUAAAUUAGAACUAUGAAAAGAGUCAAAAACCAAGUGGUGUUCCUAUUAAUUGUACUACAUGUAAAUCUUUUUCGAUUUUCAAUAAGUUAUGACUCUGACCCUUCAAAUGAACUCGACUAUAAUUAUGGUGAUUAUGGCAACAUAGGCGACGACUCAUUCACAUCUACACCCACAACCACUGAAAAUACGAUAUUUGGAAAAUCAUGUGGAUUAAUGACGAAUGAAUUCUGUGUAAAAUUUAACCAGUGUGCUACAGUGAUUCGAACACCAAAAAUUAUCAUCGAUUUGACUAGACCACGGAACGAGUGUCAUUAUAUAGAAACUUGCUGCGAGCAAAGCAAAAUUAGACAAUUGCGCCCCCCACAUGACGUCAAUUUAAUGCAAGACCAGUGCGGCCUUACCAACGUGGACGGUCUUUACAUGACCGUAGAAAGCAGUGGCCAAGAGACUAGCUUUACGGAGUACCCCUGGCUGGUAGCCAUUCUGGACUCGGAAUCGAAACAGAUAUGCAGCGGUGUCCUAAUUAGCCACAAAGUGGUCUUGUCGGCUGCGAGCUGUUUGCCUCCAACUCAGAACCUUACGGUGAGGGCUGGCGACUGGGACCUUUUAUCAGAUAGCGAGAUAGUCCCACAUGAAAAUCGCUUAGUCGAGAAAAUCAUUGUGCACAAUGAUUUAAUUUUGUCACAAUUGCUAAACGACCUAGCCCUGGCGGUCUUGGAGAGCGCCUUUCCGCGUACAAAGCACAUAGUUCCUGUCUGCAUGUUCGAUGAUCUUGGCAGCUCAAGGCUCAACGCUACUAGAUGCUUUGCCAUAGGAUGGAAUGUACUAAAAUUUACUAGGUUUUUACCACAAGAAAAUAUUGUUCUUAAAAUAGCAGUCGACACUACGACGGCAUUAAUAAAGAAACCGGACGGACGGAUCAAGGCACAUAUCAGCGCACAUAGGCACCUGAAUCUUAUGGGAUCACCUCUUGUCUGUCCCACCGAGGGAAACCAAUACUUUUUAUUGGGAAUAUGGAGCUACCAGCUCCAGGAAAAUCAAACAGUUUUCGCAAACGUUACAAGGAAUCUGCAAUGGAUUAAUGAUCACUUGUAGGUUGGAUGGUAAUUUUAAAAAGAAUAUGCCUAAAUCGCGCCUAUUCGUAUAACAUGACCAAAAUAUUUUGUUCUUGGAAAUUAAAUCUUACGAAGCACGGAACAGUUGUCCUAAUCCUAAUUGUAUGUUAAAGGGAUUCCCUCGACAUGGAGUGGCCAACGUAGAACACUG